AAAUUCUUCAUUCCGAGAAGUAUUUCCGGUGAAGUAUUGUUUUCAUUCGCAACAAAACUACCAAGCUGGCUGGCAAAUUAGUGGUUUUGAUUGAUUAUUUGUGGAUGUAGAUAGGAAAGUAAUAGAUUGUUUACGAGAGUAGACAUUCGUUAUACGGAAAUGUCAGGCGAAGACAAAGAUCACAUUGAAAAUGACACGACGGGGUUGAUGGGAAAUGAUAAAUGGCUGGAUGCCUACAAAGACCCAGUAGCCUCUCUGUAUACGCUGACACAGUGCAUCUGUUUGUCUGAUGUCCAGGCUGAUGGGGACUGGAAACUCAUCAUAGCAGACCUAGGGACUGGCUCUUUCAACAUGAAACUGAAAGUCUACAAAGGAACAAACUUGAUGAGUGAACACACAAUAAUUGACUUGCCGACAGGAGUGGUAACAUUCUAUAUGGACACACAUGAACCACGCACUCCAGCCAUAGCUGUAGCGUCAGGCCCUUACAUUUAUGUUUACAAGAACCUUAGGCCAUAUUUCAAGUUCACUCUGCCAACACUAGAGGUCAACCCAGUGGAAGCUGAUCUCUGGAACCAGGUCAAAGAGGAGAAGAUAAAUAUAUUUGUUCUGAGGGAAAUGCUGGAGGGGAUGAGGUCUGAAGGCACAAUCUUAACUGUAAGAUCAUUGAGAUUUCUACAACUGCAGGAUGUUGGGGAUUGUGAAACUUUUGCCAACAUGUACAAACACACCCCACUAAAGCGACAGACUGUGAUAACAUGUUUAAGUACAAUGAAGAAGUCCAUGGCUGAGGAGGACGCAAUCAGCUGUCUGGUGCUGGGAACAGAAAGUGGAUCUGUUUAUGUCCUUGACCCUGAGGCCUUCACUGUGCUGACCACACUUGAUUUGCCAUCAGUUCCCGUAUUUCUCAGUGUUACCGGACUUUAUGAUGUGGAAUACAGGAUUGUUGUUGCGUGUCGUAAUGGAUGUAUAUACACAUUAAAGAGAGGGACAACAGACCCCUUGAAGAAUAGCAUUGAGUUGAACUCUCAACCUGUUGGUCUUGAGAGGAUAAACAAAACGAUAUAUGUAGGAACAAUGGAUGACUCUCUACACUGCUACACGUCAAAGGGUAAGAAGUUAUGGACAGUAAAGUUGCCAGGCAGCAUGACAACAAUGGAGGUGAUAGACUACAAGUCCAAAGGCUUCAAGGCUGUUAUAGUGGCCCUCAACAACUGCCAGGUCCACAUCUACAAAGAAAAAUACUUAGUGAAUGUCAUCAAGACGGACGACGUUGUCACAGGACUAAAGUUUGGGCAGUUUGGGCGGGAGGAGGGGACUCUUAUAAUGACUCUGAAGGGUGGAGGAUUGAUGAUUAAGAUUCUGAAGAGGAAUGCCACAUUUGAAGAGAAGGAUUUGUCCGGGGGUCCCCCUGCUGCCCAGAACACUCGUCUCAACGUCCCAAAGAAAACCAAGCUGUUUGUAGAUCAGACCAUGAGGGAGAGGGAGAGUGCUGUCACUAUGCACAGGACCUUUCAGCGAGACCUGUAUCUGCUGAGGCUGAAUACGCUGAGGGAAUAUGCAAAGUCCCUGGACAACAGCAUGAAUCCCAUUUCAUCUGAUCCCACAGAGCCACUGAAGCUCAAUGCUCAGGUACAAGGAAUUGGUCCGACCUUCAAACUGACCGUCAAUCUACAGAACACGUCCCUAAGCCAGCCUUCCACGAGUUUGCUGAUCACGUUUCUGUUCGAUGAGAAAUUGUACUCCUUCAAAAAAUCCUUCAUUGAGGUCCCAAUGUUAGUUCCUGGCCUGAACUACGCCUUCGAGACGUUUGUGGAAUGUCAGAGUGAUAAAGGGGUGUCGGACAACAUCAAGGUGUUCGUUCUGAAGGAUGGAAAAAGUGUUCCUAUCAUCACAGGGGUCAUCAGUAUGCCAGUCAGUGAGGGACUAAUUGUUGUCUGAGGUCACCAAGGUCAAGAAAAAUCAUAAUCCGAGCCAUGAUCCACAUAUCUUCUCAGUGGAGCAAUUCUCUCAAUGUGUUGAGGAGACUAAGUACUUGCUUAUCAAAAUAUAUCUGUUAUUCUUUGCUGAAAGACUUCAAACUGAAAUGUCACAGUGCAAUGAUUAUUUCAGAGUUAUUGAUUUAUUAGUGAACAAGGAGAGGUUUGUCAUUUUCUGUCUGUAGUGAAUGUAAAUGUAAACUUUGUGUACUAUUGAUAAAACAUUUUACAAACUGAA